AUGGACAUUCCUUCAAAAUGUAUUUCAUUUAGUCCUAAUUGGUUUUAUCCACAGAUUGCCUAAAUGAAUGGGGAUUUGCUGUGUUAUGGAGUCAAUGACUAAGUUUUUGUUUAUAAUAGUGAAACAAAACACUUUAAAUAUACAUUACAAGGAUAAUAAAAAGUAACAAUGUUGUAUUUAAAAGAUCAAUACAUAUUUGUUGGUUAAGAAGGUGGGGUUAUUACUAUUUUUUAACAAUAGAAAUAUUUGGGUAAGCUUGAAUUUAAUAUUGAAAUUCCUAUGAUUUUAAAGGAAAUCAAUAAUUAAUAUUUGCUAUUAGAUAAUAAAGGUAUAGCAAUUGAAUUUAAAUUAAAUGAUAAAUUUGAAUUGAUUCAUUUUGGAUUGAAAUUAAUAACACAACCUCAUAGUAUUCCAAAAUGGGGAGAUGAAAAUAUCGUAAUUUAUUAAAGUGGCAGAAUGUAUAGAUUUGAAUAAAAAUCAGAAUAUGAUUAUCCAUAUCAUAUUUUAUGUGUUGAUAGAUAUAAAAAUAAAUAUGGAGUUUUAAAUAAAUUGCAUAAAGCAAUUAGUCUACAUGUAUUUCAAUUAGAUUAAAUAGAUGAAUGGAAACAAACUAAUACAAUUAAUGAUAAUGAUAUUUUCAUUGAAUUAAAAUUUAUAGUUAAUGAGAAAUUGCCUACUGAAAAUCUCAAAAAAGCUUCUUUAAGUAUUAAAUUUUUAGAUGAUAAACAAAUUUUUGUUACAUCCAAAUAAGGAGAGAUUUUCUUAAUUCAAUUAACUAAUUAAGUCAAAUCAUUAAAAUUAGAUGCUAAUGUCAUUUCUGAUAAGCACUUUUAUAAAUUACCAUAAGAAAUUCAUAUCAAGGGUAUAUAUUUGAUGAAUAACUAUCUAAAUCAAUAUUAUACUGUAGGUUUAGAUAGAAGAAUAUUUUCAUUUCGUGUUGAAGAUGGAUAAAUUGUUGAUUAUCACAAAUUCGUUUGUCUAGCUGGUAAAGUCAACAAAUUAUAAAUUGGUAAAGAAAAGAAUUUAAUUUAUUUUCAUGAUCAAACAUUAAAAUCACUUGAUUUAACAAAAAAUAAAUAUCCUACUUACAUAAAUGAAUUUUGGAAAAUUAAUGAUUUCUCUAAUUUCUAUAUUAGUCCAUUUUAAGAAGGAAUUGUAUUUAUACAAAAAGAUUAAAAGAUUGAAUUAAUUGAUAUUUAUAAGGAAUAAUUACUUGACAAAUAUGUUUGUGAAGAUCCAAUUUCUAAAAUUGAAUGGCUAAAUAAAAAAUAAGUAUUAAUGUUAUUAGAUUUAUUUGAUGUUGAAUAAAUAAAUAAAGAUUAAGAAAAUGAAUUCCUUACUAAACCACAUUAAAUUUAAGAUUAUGUCUUGAUUAUUAUGUUAACUGGUAGAAUGUAACUUAUUGAUUUGUCAACUGGAUAAGUACUAUUUAAUUUCUUAAUUUAAUAAAAGAUUAAAAUAUAACAGUUAAUUAAAAACAAAACAUUUGAUAUUGUUACAAUUAACAUGAAUAGUAUUUAAUUUCUAUUUAAUAAUGAUUAAUGUUAUAUGUUUUAUAUCUUUAAUGGAUAUCAUGUGUUCUAUUACCAGAAAAAUCAUUUUGAUACUAAAUAGAUUCAUAAUACAGAUAUUAAUUGUAUUGAUGUUAGUUUGUACAAGAAUAAUAUCUACUUACUCACUGGUUGCAAUAAUUAAACUAUAUCGAUAAAUGUAAUACAUAAUGAAAUUAUAUUAUUGGGAUAUUUAAAACAUAGAUUUCCUAUACAAAAAGUUUAAUUACAAAAUGGAUUAAUUACAUCUUUAGCCAAAUGUCAUUAAUCUUUGUAAAUUUGGAAUGUCGAUGAAAUUCUAUAAAGAAUGAUACCUAAUAGAUAAACUCUUGAAGGGUUGGAGAAAGCUAAUAUUAGAGGUCAUAGUGGUUUUUUAUUGGAUUUUGUAUAUUUCACUAAUAAUUUGGUUAUUACAAGUACAAUUAUAGAAUUAAUUUUAGGUUCUGAAGAUUAAACCAUUAAGGUGUUUGAUAUUGAUGAAAUAUAAAAUAAAUUACCACCAAAUAAAAAGAAGAGCAAAAAAAAAGUGAAAUUAGACAAUCAAUAAUAAGAUUGA